AUGGAAGCAGAGAUCAUACCUAUGUGCAAGGACCAAGGAAUGGCAAUUGUGUCAUGGGCUGCUCUUGGGGGAGGUCAACUGAUGUCAGCCGAACAGAGAAAACGAACCGAACAAAACCCAGAUGCUCGGCCAAAAGGCAGCCGCAGAGACGCAGAUCGCAACGUUUCUGAUGUUCUAGAGAAGAUCGCAGUGGAUAAUAGUACUACACUUCAAGCUGUGGGUUUUCCGAUAGUCGGCGUCCAGACCAUUGAGCAUGUCAAAGCCAUGCCAGAAGCCAUGCGGGUCAGCCUUUCCAAGAGCGACAUCGAAGGAACCCAGAGUGCAUAUAAAUUUGAUCCUCUCUUUCCCAUGAGCUUUCUCUUUAAUCACAGGAACGACCAGCCAUAUAGCCUCGCAUUGACAGCAGCAGAUAACCAGCAGUGCCAAAUGGCUGCUUGGAUCAACUCACCACCCAAGUAA